AGGCACGUGCGGGUAUGGAACAUUGCAUGUGCUGAUUGAACAGUACACUACACAUGCUGGGUCGGUGCUGGACGAAGCAAGUUAUUCUAAAAUGAAGCUAGUUAUCCUUGCUCUUGUAUCACUCUGUUUCUCAGAUUUCACUGCAGCAGAGUGCGCAAAAGAUAUGCUGGAGUCGUUAUCUGAAGCCAAGGCUGAGUGCGAUGCAAGAUAUAGACAGGAACACGGUCUCGGUACUAGAAAACCCUCAGAUUUGUUUCACAUCACAAGAUGCUGUAUGCUGAUUUACGGCAUGGCUUGCAUUCCCUUACGGCUCUCAGAAAAAGGAUGCGAUCAGCGGAAUAUUGCGCGUUUAAAAAAGAUGUGGGGCAAGCUAAUAGAGGCUGCAUGUGAACCAUCAAACUGGAACUGCCUCCUUGAAGCAAAGUGCGACGCCCCAACAAUAUCCGACGCGAACACUGAUUGCUACAAAACAUAUAACCAGGAACACGGCGUCAAUACUCGAAAGCCUAGUGACCCACUUGAACCAAGUGGGGAUGUGGAACUACUCUGCUGUAUGUUAAAAUACAACAAGUAUUGCGUUCCGAAACUCCUAGAAGAAAAAGGUUGCCACCCCGACGCUGUUCUACGUUCUGGUACGGCGAUAGAGACGAGAAUGAAAACAACUUGUCCAUCGUCCAAACCGAAGUGCGUCCCUCCACCACAGUGCAAUGAUAAAACCUUAUCAGACGCCAGGCUCAUUUGCGAGCAAAGAUAUAAAGAAGCACACGAACCAACAGGUCCGAAACGUCGUGUAGACCUACAACCUAGAGAUCAGAGCCUGGAAGAGAUGCACAAAGAACAUUGCUGUGUAAUGGAAUACAGCAGGGAUUGCGUUCUGGGAUAUCUAAAAGAACACGGAUGCAGUGAUCCAGAUUUUCUUGAGAGUUUUCUCGAGAAUAUACGGACCGAAUGUGGAGCAUCCAAGUGGAACUGUACAGAGUGCAAAAGAGAAGAUAUGGUUGAGAGAUUUUCUGAGGCCGACGCUGACUGCGAUGCGAGGUACAGACAAGAACAUGGUCUCACUGCCGGAAAACCCACAGAUUUGGUUCCCGAUACGACCAGAUGCUGGUAAGUGUUACCUCCCAGUGAAAUAAGGGCUCCGAAGCACCACUAUCAUACCGAGGCGCUUUCGAAGGCAAGCUGUUAUGUGCAGAGCUCUAUUGCUAAUCGCUUGAUUCGCGUAGCAGCGCACAAAGCGACUGUGAAAUGGCACAGGGCAAAACUGCAUGGGAACGGUGGGAGAGCGAGAGAGGGUUGCAAUAACAGGAUGCGGGUUGCGCACGGUUUCCUUUGCAUUCUAGCCCCACAACCCAAGCAGCACAACAUUGGAGAGCCAAAUAUUGGACCAAUAUUGGCAAUGUCGGCUCAAAGUUGAACCAAGGGUGAAUCAAUGCUGGUCCAAUAUUUGGGCCAAGAUGUUGUGCUGCUUGGAAGAGGGCAGCUCGCGUGGCCGUGUGGUUAACGUGCUGUCUAGGUCACGCCGAGACCGAGUUUGAAUACCGGUGCUGGUGGUGCUGCCUGAGGCCUUAUUGUCGACAAAGUAAUCUGCCUCGAUUACUGUGUGUCUCGUCUGCCAUUGGUCGUCACCCCUUGACGGUCGCGCCUUCUUCACGUAACAACAAAUGACAGGCAAAGACAAAGUAAUCGAGGUCGCACACUUUGACGAGAAUAAGGUUCCCUCAGAUAAGGUUCCCUCCCUUCCCUCAGAAGUCUGCCCAGGACGCAAAUUCCCCGGUACGGCUGUCAGCACGUGUCCGUUCCUGUUUGCUACUAUAUACGGUGUUGCUCGAAUGAACGAACGCGACACCGCUGUGUUCCCACAAUUCUUUCCCAAGCUGUACCCGCUGAAGGGUGAACACCAUCCGUCUUGGUACUGAUAAACAGUGUUGUACGUAGCGCCGCUACUAGUAGCGGCGGUACCGUAUCUGUUACUUUUUUCGGUAGCGGAGUAGAGAUCGCGCUACUUUUUUAAACUGGUAACUAAAGAAAAACUUGCCUUACAAAUUUGCGGUGGCGCGAUCUUUGAGCGCUGCCGCUACUUUCCGAGGUGGGGUUCGCGACAACUCGAGUUCGACCUAUCGAUGAAAGAUGAAAGUCGCUGAAAAGGUUAGUCUGCUGUAGGACUCGAACCCACAUCUUCUGAAUUACCGGUCCAGGGCUCUACCAAUUGAGCGAAGCUAACACGCCUCCCCACCGACUUUCGGGGAGCGUCAUCUGCAGGGACAAACCAGCCACACUCUCUCACUCAUCCUCCUUUCACUCUUACAUUUGGGCACACAUUCAUACGACGGGAUCAACGCAAGCGGCAAUCAUCAAGCGAUCAUUUCUCUCAUGUUCGACCUAUCAUUAAGCCUCCACUGUGCCUGCCUUCGAACAAGCUGCCCGAUAUCACAACUCAUUCUGCGAAGACCGGGCAAAUAGCCAAAAGGAGGGCACAGAGGCCGUUAUCUUGCAAAGAGACUGUCAUCCACGUGUUCCCUAUUUGGGAUUAACCUUCUUGAACAUUUGGUGUAUUGUGGGAGUUUUCUUCAAACUGACGUCACUCCUACUGCAUUCUGGAACCGUCCUCGCUGACAUUCACAUGACAGUCAGACAGUCAUGACAUUCCACAUGACAUUGCACCACGUACGCUUAGGUGCUUGACCGUUGCCAUUUCUUGUACGCUGCAAUGGAGGGACCAUGGCCUGCUACCAACCAACCAACCAAAACAGUAGACGUGAUGUUUGGAUGUCUACUAUGCGCCUUGGUGGGAAAGCUUUAUCUGUGCGUCAAGGAAGUCAACGUCCAAUUUGAAAAUGCACAAUAUGAUAUGUUUACUAGCUUCGCGUUCCGGGCAAUCUGAGUUCUUUUUGUGACAAAGCUGUUGAACCUUUUAUCGGUAGACUUGCUUCGUGCUUUAUUUGCUUUAGAGGAAGAGGAAAAUAUAUGCAGGAUAUCGAGUAGGCUUUAGUAAAUCUAUAAAAAACGGUUUUCCAAAUUUUAGCCCUCAGGCGACCUACGUGUAACACCCAUUGGACGUCGAUUUAUUAUUUUGGGAUAUUAUUUUUUAUUAUUUAUUAUUUUAAGACGUGUGAAGUACGCCAUCAACGAUACUGUUUGUUUCUUUCCUCAAAAGUACACAUGAAGUAUCGCGUUACUUUUUACAGGUAACGGUAGCGGUAUUCCGCAACUUUUAGGUGCG